AUGUCCGUGAAUACACUCCUAAUGUCAUCGAGCCAUCUUUUGAUAUUGGGCGGAUUGUUUAUAGUCUUUUGGAGCACGUUUAUUGGCAUCGUUCCAGGCGAUGUCGCGCGUGGAGUUCUAUCGUUGCCUCUAUUAGUCGCAUCUACCAAAGUCUUGAUUGUGCCUUUAUCGAACCUACCUACCUUUGUCCCUAUCAUUCGAAAGAUAUCACAGAAUCUGCGACGGUUAGGAAUCUCGUGCCGCGUUGAUGAUUCUGGUGCUAGUAUUGGCAAACGUUAUGCUCGCAACGACGAGCUUGGAAUUCCGCUUGGAAUAACGAUUGAUUUCGACACAGUCAAGGACGACUCGAUUAAGCUGCGGGAGAGAGACAGUACUAGGCAAGUACGUGCUUCAAUAGAUGAAAUCAUCGCGUCUAUUAAAAGCCUAGUUGAUAAUGCGGAAACUUGGGAUGAUGUCUUCAAGAGACUUCCAGAGUUUCUUAGCCAAGUUGGGAAUGACUAG